AAGGGAAGUUGUCGGUGUUUUAAAUCACCACAUUGCUSAACUACUGAAACGAGUGGCGACACCGRUAUUGACUAUUUAGAACUUGAAAAGAACCCAACACGACUAAAGAUAGGCAUACAUUUUAAUACAGGCGAGUAUCCAUAAUGAACUCUCAAAAUAUUCUUCUGGAUUCGGACAUCCGCGAUUGGGUGGUCCUUCCAUUGUUCGUGAUCAUGGUUUCGGCAGGUCUUCUUCGAGUGCAUGUUGGAAUGCUGCUGAAGCCUGACCCCAAGAACCAAGCGAAAAUCGAACAGCGCACUCAGUCUUCCGUUCGGGCAACCUCAACACUGAAGACCGGCGCGAUCAAUUUUUUGAGCGCAUCCAAAUUGGAAGCAAGAAAGCUGGCCUAUCCAGAAAUUUUGAAGGACCAAGCCGAAUGGUGCGAAAGUUACAUGGAAGAACGAGAGAGGGAAAAAGAAGAGAAUCCUUCGGACGAUGAUGAUGAUAUGCCCAAUCCUCUUGCGGCAAUGGACGGGAUGAAAGGUGGGAUGGUCGGCAUGGUGCAGAACAUGGUGAUGAUGCAGGGAAUCCAAUUUUUCUUUUCUGGAUUCAUCCUCUUGAAGGUUCCAUUCAGUUURACGAUGGGGUUCAAGCAAAUGUUUCAGCGAGGCCUCGGGGGCUUGGAAAAUCUAGACACGUCGUAUGUUAGUAGCAUCAGCUUGUAUUUCUUGUUCAUGUACGGUCUGCGAGCGUUCUUCCGAUUGGUUAUUGGUACACCAACAUUAGAAGCACAGGAAUCGCAAAGGAUGUGGAUGAAACUUGGAAAAAAGGGCGGGCCAACAAAUCCGAAUGCGCCAAAGGAGGAUGCCCAGAUCAAGGCUCUAAAUGCGGAGGCAGACAAUCUUGAAAUGACCUUGCCAAAACAAUUCAAGUCAAACCUAGACCAAGUUGAAAAACGGUUGUUGAAGAACAAAUAUCCAAAGAAAAAAGCAAAACUKGGAAAGGAUGAUUUUCUGCUGCACAAGAAAUCAAAAAAGAAUUAAGAUAAYGGAUAGAACUAAGUUUCGUUUUUACCAAACAAUAGUUUGAAUACUACAGUGCCAAAGCACAUUAACUAAAUUGGUAUCAUUAUUUCUAACCWAUUAAUGAAUUAAACAAAUGAAG